AUGGGCGAUGUGGAGGAGGUGAAGCGGAAGGAAGAGUGCAAAGAAAUCGAACGCGAGCUGUCGACGGGGAGGGAGAAGACGCGGAUGUGCAUGGAGCAGUACGACCGCAUCCUAUCGACACAUCGAGCGCCGAAUCGGGAGGAGGAUGUGACCACCUCGCCGACGUUGCCCCGCUUUGACUGCUACCUGUGCUACGGGGCCGUGGUCAACGAUGGGUACGGCUGUGCGUACAACAUCCAGGAGGAUCACCUCAUUUUUGCUCCAACGGCCUUCAAGAGCUGCGCCAAGACGAGCGCCGCCAAAUUCAAGGAGGCCAUCCGCAGCUCGCUCCACGAUAUGGCCACCCUGCUGGAGGGCGGACAAAGA